AGGAGGAGAGAGCAGGUUUAUUCAAGACACCGACAGGCCAGAGCUGUACGUUAGUGCUUAUAUUCUAAUUAAUAGAAGGCAAACAGGUAAAAUAGUAGGAAAAUAUAAGUUGGAUGGCGUUCAAUUGGAUUUAAUUUGUUGGCCUCAAGCUCUGAUUUAAUUUGCUGCUUUAAAACAAGUUUUUUUCUUCUACAAGCUAAGUUGCGGCGUACAUCUGUGUCGUUUCAAGAAAUUUACCAGACAAAGGUGUAGCCAUGGACAUCGGUGGCUUGGAGACUGUAGUGGCAAACUCUGCCUAUGUGUCAGCCCGUGGCAGCACGGAUGGAGCUUCAGCAGCUGCGCUGCGUGACAAAAAGAUGCGUGCCAGACUGAAACUCCCACAUAUCAGAAAUUGUGAACACAUGAAAGCAACACUAGACACCACCUUUGACAGCAUGUGUGUCAAGCAACCCAUCGGCAAGCGUCUCUUCCAGCAAUAUCUGGAGAGUGAUGCAACCCAUAAAAAUGCUGGAGAGCUGUGGAAAGACAUUGAAGAAUAUGUCGUGUGCCAAGAGAAGGACAGACUGCAGAAGGCUCAAUUGAUAGUCAAUAAAUACUAUCAAUCAGCUUCAAAGAAUUUUUGCACGUUCCUAGAGGAAAAGGCCAUCAUUCGAGUUAAAGAAGACCUCAAGAAUGUCCGUGGUGACUUAUUUAAGGAGAGUGAACAACAGCUGCUCAAGCACUUGGAAAAAGCGGCCGUGGAUGGCUUUAAGAACAGCAUGUACUUCCUGCGUUUUGCUCAAUUAAAAUGGAUGGAGAGCCAGCCGUUUGAUGAAGAGUGGUUCAUGGACUUCCGGGUACUGGGUAAAGGAGGUUUUGGCGAAGUGUUUGCUUGUCAGGCAAAGGCAACAGGCAAAAUGUAUGCGAACAAGAAGCUAGACAAAAAGAGGCUGAAGAAACGCAAAGGCUAUGAGGGAGCAAUUGUGGAGAAGCGCAUCCUUGCAAAAGUUCACAGUCGGUUCAUUGUGACGCUGGCUUAUGCCUUCCAGACCAAGACAGACCUUUGCCUGGUUAUGACCAUCAUGAAUGGUGGUGAUUUAAGGUUUCACAUGUACAACGUCGAUGAAAAAAAUCCUGGUUUUGAUGAGAAGAGAGCAUGUUUCUAUACAGCUCAGAUCAUCUGUGGGCUGGAACACCUUCAUCAGCACAGAAUCGUAUACAGAGAUCUGAAGCCAGAAAAUGUACUUCUUGAUGAUGCAGGACAUGUCCGCCUGUCAGAUUUGGGUCUGGCUGUUGAACUUCCACCAGGAAAAGAUACAACUUCUGGAUAUGCUGGGACUCCAGGUUUCAUGGCACCAGAGCUGCUUCAGAAGAAGCAGUAUGAUUACUCUGUGGACUACUUUACUCUGGGAGUCACGGUGUAUGAGAUGAUUGCUGCCAAAGGACCUUUUAGAGUACGAGGAGAAAAGGUCGAGAAUGAAGAGGUAGCUCGCAGAAUUCUAAAUGAUCCAGUUUCUUACACACCAAAAUUCAGCAAAGAAUGCAAAGACAUCUGCGAGGGCCUGAUGGAGAAGGACCCGACUAAACGACUGGGCUUCAAAAAUAACGAGUGCGCAGAGCUCAAGAAUCAACCAUUUUUCAAAGACAUUAACUGGGGACGUCUAGAAGCAGGAAUGCUACCUCCACCAUUUGUCCCCGAUCCUAAAAUGGUCUAUGCCAAAGAUAUUGAUGAUGUGGGUGCCUUCAGCACAAUCAAAGGUGUGGUCCUGGAUGACAAGGACGCUGAGUUCUACAAUGACUUUGCGUCCGGCAACGUCCCAAUACCCUGGCAGGAGGAAAUGAUUGAGACUGGUGUGUUUGGAGAGCUGAAUAUCUGGGGAGAGAAGGGGAAGUUGCCCAAUGACCUUGACCCUAAUUAUGUGGAAGCCAAAGGGGGGGGAUGUGUAAUGCUUUGAAUUUAGAUGGAUGCAAAACAGAUAUACUUCUAAUUUUUAAGAUCAGUCAUUUGUACAACAAUCUGUUGUUGAUGUAUUUAAUUUAUAUUAUAUUGUUAUUAUUUAUGUAGAAUUUGCAUGCAAAUAUUUUAUCUACUUAUGAUGUAAUAUCUAUAGUAUUUAUAGAAUAUAUAGAAAAGUACAGCAUGGUGAAAUAACACAUAGCUGAAAUAUAAAGUUGUCAAAACAUAUGUUGCACUAAUUGCAUUGGUAAGAUUUUUAUUCAGUAAUUAUAGAAAAGCUAACUGUAUAGAAAUCACAUGCAAUGUAAUCUGUAUUGACACUGUAGUAAUAUGUUUUUAUUCUGGGGUGGCUGUAGCUCAGGUGGCAGAGCAGGUCAGUCACUAAUCAGAAAGUCGGUGGUUUGAUCCCAGGCUGC